GCGUCCCAGUUCGCGGCGUGGUGUUUAUUAUAAAAGCACGCGUGUACUUACUCGUAUAGCACGUCGACGCGACGGAGACGGGACGACACAAUGUGGCCGGAAAGCGUGCCCUGUUUUCUUUGUAGUGCUGUGUGUGUUUUGUUCUACCCUGUCUCGUCUUAUAAAAAGCCUGUAGACCGGCUGGUUGAUAACGAAAAACCUUCAUCAAUAAUGUUACAAUCUCAAUUGUUGUGAUUGGUUGACUUCAUGGUAUUCUUACGUAGUAGGUCCAAACUAAAAUCCUUGGAAUCCUUACUACCUUUGGAUGCGGAUCAGAAUUGGCUUAGUGGAACAGGUUUCCUCGAUGUGAGGGGCAAUAAAUAUGGACUUCAAGUACCUAAUCCUAAUGAUUGCCUUCGCGACCGUCGAGAUAACCCUGACGGAGAGUCGUCAGAAUGAUAAACGGAGAUGGAAAUCCGAAAAAUCCCCCUACUCGCAUUACGUUAACAUUUGCGAUAUUCAGGACCGGGUAUCCAAAGUACACUGUUAUUGCGAGAGUAUCAAACUAAAAACAGCUACAAAAGCCGACUGCUGGGUUUUCAACGGAGGUAUAGCCGAAGACGAUCCUUUCUGGUCGAAUUUCUACUCUCAACCGAAAAUAGAAAGGCUCACUUUUAAUGUAAGGGCCGACGGCGGGCUGACAUACAUCCCGGCGAAGGUUAUUGUUAGACUCGAUCGAUUGAACUAUUUAAAUAUACAGUACGCAAAUAUUAACACGAUACCAUCAUUCGCAUUCACAAACUCGUCGACGCUACGGGAAAUAACGCUGCAAAGAAAUAAAAUCGCAAAACUGGAAAGAAUGGCGUUCGCCCAUCUAAUACUGCUCGCUAAUGUAAGCCUGACAGAAAAUCAGAUAUCUGAAUUACAAAGGGACGUAUUCUACGUUCUUCCGAAUUUACAGAGGUUAUAUUUGUCGAAGAAUACGAUAAGCGUGCUGCACGACGGGUGUUUCAAGCAUUUGAAUAAUUUGAUAAAAUUGGAUCUGAACAGUAAUCUGUUGACGGUCGUCGUUAGAGAAAACUUCCAGGGACUAUCAAACCUGAUUAUGUUGGACAUGAGGAACAACAAAUUGAUGAUGAUAGGAGAUUUGGCAUUCGCGGAACUUUGGAGCCUCCAGGAACUUUACUUGGAUGGCAACGAAAUAGAAUUUAUCUCCGAACGAGGUUUCGGCGGAUUGACUCAGCUCAAGAAACUUUCUUUAGCCGAUAAUAAGUUACGAGUGUUGGAUGACGGGGUGUUCGAUGAUAUACAAAAGUUGAAUGUUCUCGAUUUAAGGAAUAACAACUUGGAAACAUUGAAACAAGAAAUUUUACGGAAUGUAGUCGAAAAUAUGAAAACGAAUUAUGCGCUGAUUUCUCUGGACGGUAACAAGCUGACAUGCGACUGCCGUCUGUCAUGGCUGCACAAACUACGUAACGAGACCCGGAGCAAACGAGUGAGGGCCUCUUUAGACCGUCUCAAUUGCAUCAUGGAUAUUAAACUAAAGGCUAACCUGGGCAGCAUCAAAACCUCCAAAACGGAUACGAACCUCAAAGUAAUACCUGCACUCAACAAAAAGGAAGACAAAAUUGAUGACGAAGAAGAGUUCUUUGAUGAGGAUGUAAAUUACGAUGACGCUAUGCAGGAUCAGGAAAACGGUUUGGAUGUGUCUAAGAUAGAGUAUCGUAGGAAACUAAUGGAAAUCCCUGUUGACAUGCUCCCUUGUGCUAGCAAACUUGGCUUCGAGGCGUCAUACUCUCCGCCGACGCAAGACGAAGUCAAAUAUUAUAAAACUUCGGGCUCCGGAAAGUGCUUAGCGUCAACCCUGAGUCUGAUAGCAUUAUACACUCUAGUAAAGAUGUUGUAGCGUAGUACAAAGUUUUAAGUGUAAACAAACAUUUUCAAGUUUUGUUCGAGAAUCUUUAACAGUUGUUCUUGUAAUGUAGGAAUAAGGUUUGCCUUGAAUUAGGAUUAACUGAAGGUUAAUAAAUAAUAAUUUAUUAGUCUCUACACUGUACGUGUAAAUCUAUGUUUUAAGAUUUAUACAUUUUAUUCUUUUCAGUGUUUUAUUCGAGAUUGGUUACUAACCUAGCUAUAUUUAUUAUAGUUUUUAAUAAUGUAUGAUAUCCUUAAAGAAGAAAUAGAAGACUUUCUCAAUUUUUUUAAAAGUUAUUGUAAAAAUGACGCUUUGAUCUUUUGAAUUAGCAACGGAUCUUUGUAUCCAAUUUAUGUUACGUUGUUUUAAAAUUCCUAAUAUUUUUUCAGUUUAGUAUUAUAGCUAAUGUAAAUAAAGUGAGUCUAUUUUAUAUGCGGAUCAAGGCGUGAAAGAAGCGAGUUUAAAUUUUUAAUAACAUUAAAAUGGAGCAUUUGCAUACAAAAUGUACAGCAAUCUCCUACAAGCACAUAAUAUUAGGAUAAGAUCAGCUUUCAAAAUUAUUCUCACGGGAGAACUUGAGGCCUGGGCAGACGUACCGUAUCCAACGCAGCUUUUAAGGUUUUUUUCGCCAGAGCAACAACAUGCGACAACCUAGCAUGCUACUAAUCGAAACAUGUUUUUUUUUGUGUUUAAGCAGCAUACAGUACCCAAGACAGUACCUUGUCAAUUUUACAACGAGACAGCAUCGUGCUAUAGAACUAGGAUGGCAAAGUAUAAGCCAAUGUCGCUCUAUGCUGCUCUGUCAGUCAAAGUCCCACAAUAAAUUAAAUCUACUAAUAAAAUUACUCUUUUUAUAAACUGUGUUGACCAUUUUAUAGUCUUUUAAGCUGUUAUAAAUAUAGUAUGAGUAGGUACUUUAACUCGCAUGUCAAUCACACUGCCUUUUAUUGUCUUCGACGCGGGAGCAACUUUUAAUUUCUAAAAUCGAAUUCUAAGUUAGUUAUCAAAUGAUACCCAUGUUCUCAUUAAAAAAAAAAAACAAAAUAUAUAUUACAUUGACGUAAAGUAUGCACUUGCCAUUUUUGAAGCUAAAUUUAGGUUGCAAUAUUGCAGUUAGAUAUAAAAUGUAUCGAUAAUUACGACACUCCAAAACACUAGUUUUUAAUUUUUAUAAAAUUUGUUAAAUACAAACAAAAACAUGUGUGUUAAAUAAUUUGCCUGUUAUAUGUUAAAUGUUACGGUUUUGAUACUGGUAGGUUUUUGUGUCCAUGCCUCAAAAUGUAUUCUUAGUGGAGAACACGGUAUAUUAGGUACAUUGAAAUAAGGUAACGUAAAUCAGGUACAGGACUAAGUUACGUCACACUUACAACAGUUGUUUCUGUUCCUAUCUAUUUCCCUGUAGGAAUGUAAAUUGUUAUGGCCUUAUUAAUCUACCUGAUACAGGCCAGGUUUUAGGUUCCCUUAGAGACAAGGGGCUAGACCUCUGUAUUUAUGUCACGUAUACCUGUUUGUUAUUUUAUGAUUUCAGUGGGUAAUCUGAGGUAGUAUAGUGUAUAAUAAAUGUAUCAAUACAUAGGUAUUAGCGUUGAUUCUGAUAUCUUUCUCUAAGCUUUUAGAGUAUCUGUAUCUUUUUCUUUUUAAUAUUGCCUAAAUACGACGUAACGAUACAUUUAAAGAUUCUAAAUUUUAGUGCACGCUACAAAAACCAAUAGGCUCGCGACUGACCGCUAAAGUCCGAGGUUUGACAGCGUUAAAUUUAGAACUGUCAAACUGUGUCUAUCCUUUUCAUAUUACAUUAGUAAGAAGAGGAUGCGAAUACUCUAAGUUGUGCUUAGUACCACGGUCGCCAACUCUGUUGUACACAGUUCAUAAAUUAAACUAAAAUGACAGGUCUAGAUGUAUUGCUAUUCCUUUCAUAGCGCUGUUUGCGGAAAAGGAUAGCACUAGGUUUGGACCUCUCAAUUUAGAAAUUUAAACUGGCAGAUUAAUGUAACUCCAGUAUCAAGUUUUCUAACUUGAAAACAGAUACUAAUUGAGUGUAAAAAGUACCUACAGCUGAAAUCUGUAACUUUCUGGUACAGCAGUUGAAAUCUGAAAGAUACCUAGGUAGGUUCUAUGAAGUAUUCUGUGGUUUACACUAAGGCCUGAGUUUAAAUUGUAAUUUAUCUACAUUCAUAUUACCUGUUAGAAAUUAUUUUAAAUUAAAAAUAAAUAAUUUUUCGAAGAUAAAUUGAUAUAAAAUACUUUGACUUUCCAAGACGAUGUUUAAUGAUAUUUUACGAUAAAUUAAUCUUCUUAUUUUAUGUUGCUUAAAAUUCUCGUGUAAAUAACUUUAGGCGCUUAGUAACUUUAACGUUAAAUCAAAGACUGUGUUAGACUUUAAGUUUGUUAAUUUUCACGUUCCAUUUCUUGAAGUUUCGCUUAUCUGUAGUUAGUAAGACUAUGUACGGAGUGAUUAAUGUACCAAAGAAUAACUUAGUGUUUUACUUUAAGCUAUUUAUGUAAAUCAAUUAUCAUAGUCUAUAUGUACCUAUACCUAAUUUAAUCGAAAACGCUAAGGACAGCGCAAACAGCAGGAGUGGAUUACAGUCGAGUAUUUUUCAUAACAACUCAGAAACACACACAUACCUUACUUUGAUACACAUAACACAUAAUUUGAUAUAAUAUCGUUAAACUAAUU